AUGUGGAUAGGUAAUAUCGGGAAAAAAUCUGCGGCCUUCAUCAACCACAAGCCAUUCCACCCGGGGAACUACCAAAACCAGGAAAAGGUAUGGCUGGCUGAGCAGAAGCUUAAAGAGGAACAGAAGAAAGAAAGAGAGCUUGAAGAACGUCGCCGCGAGGAAGUUAAGAUUGAAGAGCUGCGACGGGCCUUGAGAGGCGAGGCGAAAGCUGCACAGCAGCUGCAGAAGAAGGAGGAAGCAGUUUCGCCGGCAGAAGAGCUACGACAAAAGGCAAGAGAGGCAGCGAGGCUGCAGGCUCUUCAUCGCAAGCAGCAAGAGGCUCAGCAGCGGCUAAAGCAACCAGCAAAGAGUACAUUAUAUGAUGAGGAUGUUCUGACGCUUGGCCAUACUUCUGUUUUUGGCUCAUUCUAUUCUAAGGAAGAGGACAAGUGGGGGUACAAGUGUUGCGGCUGUUUAGACAGGUCCUCCGUUUGCACUGCUAAUGAAGGAAACGGUCAAACACGCCAGAAGAAGAGAAAAAACAGGAUUGCAGCGUCAUCAGACACUGCCGACAUUGCAAUCUCUUCGGCGCCAGGAGAUGAAGCAGCGGAGGAUAAGGUCCUGGAAGCAAGCAGCGAGAGCAACAGUAUAAAGUCUAUGCCAAGCGAUAAGAACACCGGUGACAAAUUUCAUGUGGGUCGCAGCAAACGCAGGGCAAGAGAGGGGGGUGUGGCAGCUUAUGUGAGGUUGCUGGCGUUACCAGAGGAAGACGACUAG